AUGCUGUUGUUGUAUCUGUUCUGGGCUGGGCCGGGCCGAUUCCCACCACUUGCUUGGACAGCUCGCCUUGGCGGAAAUGCUGUUGUUGUAUCCGUUCUGGGCCGCGCCUUGGCCAGGCCUGAUUCCUACCCGCCGCUUGGACAGCUCGCCCUUGGCGGAAAUGCUGUUGUUGUAUCUGUUCUGGGUGGGCCAGGCCGAUUCCUACCUGCUGCUUGGACAGCUCGCCUUGGCGGAAAUGCUGUUGUUGUAUCUGUUCUGGGCUGGGCCGGGCCGAUUCCUACCCGCUGCUUGGAAGCUCGCCUUGGCGGAAAUGCUGUUGUUGUAUCUGUUCUGGGCUGGGCCGGGCCGAUUCCUACCGCUGCUUGGACAGCUCGCCUUGGCGGAAAUGCUGUUGUUGUAUCUGUUCUGGGCUGGGCCAGGCCGAUUCCUACCCGCUUCUUGGACAGCUCGCCUUGGCGGAAAUGCUGUUGUUGUAUCUGUUCUGGGUCGGAGCCGGGCCGAUUCCUACCUGCUGCUUGGACAGCUCGCCCUUGGCGGAAAUGCUGUUGUUGUAUCUGUUCUGGGUCCCAGGCCGAUUCCCACCCUUUCUUGGACAGCUCGCCUUGGCGGAAAUGCUGUUGUUGUAUCUGUUCUGGGUGGGCCAGGCCGAUUGUUACCCGCUGCUUGGACAGCUCGCCUUGGCGGAAAUGCUGUUGUUAUCUGUUCUGGGUCGGGCCAGGCCGAUUCCUACCGCCCGCCUGCUUGGACAGGGCUCGCCUUGGUUGGAAUGGCUGUUGUUGUAUCUGUUUUGGGUUGGGCCGGCCCAUUCCCUACCCGUUGCUUGGACAGCACGUCUUGGGAAAUGCUGUUGUUGUGUCUGUUCUGGGCCGGGCCGGGCCGAUUCCUACCUGCUGCUUGGACAGCUCGCCUUGGGAAAUGCCGUUGUUGUAUCUGUUUAGGCUGGGCCGGGCCCGUUCCUACCCGCUGCUUGGACAGCUCGCCUUGGCGGAAAUGCUGUUGUUCUGUUCUUGGCUGGGCCGGGCGGGAUUCCAACCCGCUGCUUGA